UUGAAGUGAUGUUUGCUGCUAGCGUGUUCAAGCUGAAAGGAAGAAGGCAGAAAAGAACUUGGAUUAUGUAUGCAUUUAGUUGCUCUAUAUAUACCCAAACCUUAGAGAAUUCCGAAUGUAAAGAAACAUAUAUACGCUAGAGCAGCUUAAUUUCUAACCCAAUGGCUCAUGGCUUCCUUCUCAUCCUCUUAUUCUCUCACAUCAUCUCCACAAAUGUUCAUGCAUGCAACCAAACUGAGCGUGCCUCUCUUCUGUCCUUUUCCUCCACCCUAUCUUCUCAUCCUUUAAAUUGGACUUUGGUUAACUGUUGUUGUUGGACGGGCAUCGUUUGUAAUCAGGAUGGUUUGGUCACCCAUUUGCUCUUAUCCUCUAAAGGCCUCAAAGGAGCUAUUUACCCCUCAUUAUCAUCACUUGGAAAUCUCACACGCCUCGCCCACUUGAAUCUUUCUCACAAUUCACUUUCCGGAUCACUUAAAACCGAAUUCUUCUUGUCUUUGAAGCGUCUUGAGAUCCUAGAUUUGAGCUUUAAUCUUCUUUCGGGAAACCUACCAUUUUCUCUGCCAUCCCACAAUAUCCAGACAUUGGAUUUGUCAAGCAAUCGGUUUCAUGGUGCAAUUCCAUCAUCAUUCUUUCAACAAGCUCGGAAUUUAACUAGUUUCAAUGUCAACAACAAUACCUUCUCAGGUUUGAUCCCAUCCUCUAUAUGUCUUCAUUCUUCUCCCUUGAUUAGGUUGUUGGAUUUUUCCUUCAAUGCAUUUAGUGGCAAGAUUUCUCCUGGACUCGGGGAGUGUUCAAAAUUGCAAAUUUUUCGUGCUGGUAAUAAUAACCUCUCAGGAUUACUUCCGAAUGAUAUCGACAAUGCCACCAAACUCGAAGAAAUUGCACUCCCUUCCAAUUCACUCAAUGGAGCCAUAGGUGAGAGAAUUUUCAAUCUCACCAACCUUGCAAUCCUUGACCUCUCAUUUAACCAAUUUAGUGGCAUCCUCCCUUCUCAUUUUGGAAAGCUCUCCAAAUUGAAACACUUGGCUCUUGAUUGCAACCAUUUCGAAGGUUCUUUGCCCCCAUCGUUGAUGAAUUGCACGAACCUUGUAGAAAUACAUAUGGCAGUCAACAACUUGGAAGGAGAUAUCUCCAUGCUCAAUUUCUCAAAACUUAGUCACCUCAGUAAACUUGAGCUAUCUCUAAACCACUUUACUGGUAGAUUUCCAACAAGCCUUUAUUCAUGCGAGUCCUUAAAAUCUAUUAAUUUGGCUACAAAUAAUCUAGAAGGACAAAUACAACCUGAAAUUCUUUCAUUGAAAUCUUUGACCUUUCUCUCACUAAGUGGCUUAACCAACAUCAAUGGGGCAAUGAAGAUAUUAAUGCAUUGCAAAAGUCUUCAAACGCUCCUCCUUUCACAUUCGUUCAAUGGCGAGGAAAUUCCAACUGAUGAAGGCAUGCUUGGUUUCGAUGGGUUCCAAAAUCUUCGAAUGUUGCUUUUUUAUUAUUGUGAGUUCACUGGUCAAAUGCCGUUAUGGUUUUCAAAACUCAAGAAUGUAGAGAUCUUAAUUAUGUCAGGCAGUAGAAGUUACCGAGCCAAUUCCUAGAUCGUUAGGGACUCUUCCCAAACUCUUA